AGUUUUAACAACUUCUUUUUUUAUUAUGUACCCUUUAUUGACAAAUAAGAGGAAAUAUUUCUUGGAUUUCCACUAAUUGUUACUAUUUUUCUAAUUGCCCACAAAUAUAACCAAAACAGCACAGAGAAAAUAUUUUGGCAUUUUUUGGAAACUGUUCGGAAAGUGCAAAGUAUAUUAGCAAAUUCGCGGUAGAUGAAUUUAAAAUAAAAAUUAACUUAAUACUGAAGCUGAAACUACAAUACAUGCGUAAGCGUGAACGUGGCAAUAUACAUAUUUUGUUUGAAAUUUACGCAACUUCAUUGUAUGCACUUGGAUGCAUUCAAUUUUUACAGCGCAAGACAUAAGAAGGCAUGUAUAAAAUUUAAGGUUCAUUUUGUGUUGGCUGCAUUCCAGACAGUCCAAUCUUUGUAUUGGGAACGAACCCAAUUUUUAAACGAAUAGGACCGUCAACUCAACAGCAAUAACUUGGACUCCUAAAACAUUGUGUAUUCUAUUUAUCUGUAAAAGUAAUAUUUUUAUAUAUAUCAUUAUAUAUUUUACAGAUUAUCUGUUAAAACACUAAUCUGAACAAAUAAAUGAUUCCUCAAUUUUCUUAUUGUAAAAUGAUUUACAACCAUGGAAAUCUGAAAAGUGCUAUUGUGAAUAAUAAAAUUAUUGUCAAUCGGCUACCAUACACCUUUACAAGUGUAUAUAUUUGUAAAUAAAUAAAGUUCACGUGCAUAAACAUUGCAUUUUAUAAGUAAUUUCAAAAUGUCUGUGGAAGAGCUAGAAGGAUCCGAACUUGGUACCAAGAACUAUUGGGAUAGCAGCUAUGACCAAGAUAUUGCUAAUUAUAAAAAUCAUGGAGACGUGGGGACGAUUUGGUUUGAUGAAGACUCUCAAAUUCGUAUCAUAAAUUGGAUAUUGAAGCAGGAUACAUUCAGUAAUGAUGUAAAUGUUGUUGAUAUGGGCUGUGGCAAUGGUAUGUUUUUGAUAGAACUAGCUCGAGAGGGAUUUUCAAAUUUACUUGGUGUGGACUACUCGGAAGGUGCCAUUGAAUUAGCUAAGCAAAUAGCCAAAGAUCAAGAGUUAAACAUUCGUUAUCAAGUUGCGGAUUUAUUGAAUACGGAACUCUGCCAACAACAAUUCGGAACUUUCGGAAUCGUCCAUGACAAGGGCACCUAUGACGCCAUCAGUUUAUGUCCAGACAAUCCAAGAGAAAAACGUGACACAUAUCUUAAUACAGUUCAUAGCCUUAUGGAUGAGAACAGCUUAUUCAUUUUAACAUCUUGCAAUUGGACGGAAGAUGAGCUCUUAAUUAGUUUGGCAGAUAAGUUCGUUAAGAAAUGUUCAAUUCCUACACCUUGUUUCAAAUUUGGUGGUAAAAUCGGUAGUGUUGUCAGUUCCAUAGUCUUUACAAAAAAGUAGAUUUAAAUAUACUUUUAAAUAAUAUUUUAAUAUAAUAAUAAUAAACGAAAAAUAAAAUAAAAAGUUUUUAACUUAACAAAAAUUAGACAACUUAAUAAAAACACAAAUUAAACCCAUAACGUUUAGACACAUGCAUAUGAAAGGCUGUGUCUUAAAACGACACCAUUUGUAUUCCAUUGGGGACUGUUACAAUGGUUACUAGAAUUUUUUUUAUCCAACGCUUUCUUUGAAUUUUUUUAAAUUAAUUACUUUAAUUUUCUUCAUUUUUUGUACAUAAAUUUAUAAGAUUUAAGUCUUAAUUAAAACGUGGGUCUUUAUUCAUUCGAGACGUUUUUCUUAAUAUAUUUGUUAGAAUAUUCGAAUAUCAUGUUAAGGGAAUAUAAAAUUUUUGAAUAAAUUUUUGAAUUUUACAGUUUAAACAUUUAAAAACUUUCGCGAUGUUUAAUUUACAAAUGUCAAUAUGCUAAAUAUAUAAAAAUCUUACGUUAACCACUUGAAAUUAAAAAAAAAAAUUUUAAUUAUGUUAAUUUCUGAUAUAAUAGCAACUCUCCUGUGUAUGACGUCACAUGACACCUCUUCAAUAUUUGACGUUUGUUCGUAUUCGUUGCACCUUCUGUCAAACCGAAGCGAAAUUUCACGGGCGGUGGUGUGUUCGUACUCGUGCAAACGUGGAACGGACGAAGCAGAAGCAGAAGCAGAUAGGUGGACAUCGAGUUCAAGCAGAGGAAUAAUUUUUUCCGCGUUUUCAAUUAUAUUUUAAUUGCA